AGGCAAUAACGUUGGCCUCUACAGUUGUCUACAGUCAACCUGCGGAACGUACAUAUACUAUAGCAGUUCCUACACUUCAUCCAUUUAAUUUUAGUUGCCUCUGGUCGCCUUUGCUGGCCACGUCGAUACAGCGUCGGCGUCUUCUGCGAAGACCGGCGACCGGCAGGGCCGAAUUUCCUUGCGGAUCUUUGGUUUGGGUGAAAAAUUCACGCGAAUCACUCUUUGGAGCCGACUAAGAGCUUAAAAUUGUGCAAUCUGUAGUCAAACCAGCGCCGAUGCAGCUCCUCGGGGAUCGACACGUACGAAAAACUCGGAGGCCAGUUACCGUUGUAAACAGACAGUGAAAGGAAUGCACCCGGACGGUAUGAUGUACAGUGCACCGAAGUCGUGACCAGAUACCCAAUCGCGUUCUCUUCUCUUGGAAAUCUUUUUUAUGAUAUUCGAGUCGACUUCCUAGUGCCUGGUGAUAAGGAAGUUUCUUCUUACAGUGGUUAAUCUCCAGCAAAGUGACGAUAACGUGGUGAUGACCCGACCGGGCGAGAACACGGAAUUCGCGAUAGCGGAAGGUGAAACACUUCGAUGAACUCGUGUCAGCUGGCUGGCUGAAUCAAAUGAGUCAAAACUUCCGAAAUUUCAUCAGCGCUGUUUUUCUUCGGCCAGGUCGGUGACUAGAUCGUCUCUCGCCUUGAAGUCAUUCGAAGAUGAGAGCUUGCUGAUAAAACAUCUCUUCAGGAUGUGGCCAAGAUUAACGAGACUGCGUCGGGUCUGGCCGGCAUUGUUGUUGAUUGUCGUCGUCAUCUGUAUCUUUGUCGUCUGGCCGAGGGUCCAGCAGGAGAACAACGACCUUCAAGACGACGACUUCCCUAUGCGGAGGUUUGGUGACCAAAGUAAUUAUGUAGACCGUAGAGGCAUCCAUGUCGUGAUUGGCCAUUACGUGGGAGACUCCAUAGAUACUUCUAAAAUACCAAACAUAACAAAAGAUAUAAUUAACAAGAACAUGUUCAAUCCUCGACCGAAUGCCGGCAGGAACGGCGAGCCAGUGGCGAUAUCCCCGAAAGAUAUGUACGUGAUGCGACAACUCUUCCAAAUAAACAGAUUCAAUUUGAUGGCGAGUGACCGUAUCCCGCUCAACAGAACAUUACCUGACGUCAGGAAGAAGAAGUGCAUCUCGAGGUACCAAAAUUCAUCAGGACUGCCGAAGACAUCAGUCAUUAUCGUAUUUCAUAACGAAGCUUGGAGCACUCUUCUCAGGACAGUUCACAGCGUCAUCGGUCGGUCACCGAAACAAUUGUUGCAAGAGAUAAUUCUCGUCGAUGACAACAGCGACAGAGAAUUUUUGCGAAGUCAGCUAGAUGAGUACGUGAGACGAUUGGAAGUGCCCGUGCGAAUCCUCCGUUCUGAAAAAAGGAUCGGAUUAGUGAAUGCCAGACUCUUGGGAGCUAAUAAGGCGAGAGGAAAGGUCCUUACAUUCCUAGACGCUCAUUGUGAAUGCACCGUUGGGUGGUUGGAACCUCUUCUUGAAGCGGUCGCCCAGAACAGAACUAGAGUGGUUUCACCUGUAAUCGACAUCAUUAACGAUGACACCUUCAGCUACACGAGAUCCUUUGAACUGCACUGGGGUGCCUUCAAUUGGGACCUCCAUUUUCGUUGGUUGACUCUUAACGGUCCAUUGUUGAAACAACGUCGAGACAAUAUCGUGGAGCCGUUUAAGACCCCGGCUAUGGCUGGAGGUCUCUUCUCAAUGGACCGAAAUUAUUUUUUCGAACUCGGUAGUUACGAUGAUCAAAUGCGAAUUUGGGGUGGGGAGAAUCUUGAGCUUUCUUUCCGUGUCUGGCAGUGUGGAGGAAGUGUCGAAAUAGCACCUUGUUCGCAUGUUGGUCAUCUUUUCCGAAAGUCAUCACCUUACACUUUUCCCGGAGGAGUGGGUGAAAUUCUGUAUUCCAAUUUAGCUCGGGUUGCUCUGGUGUGGAUGGACGAUUGGGCAGAAUUCUACUUUAAGUUUAAUCCUGAGGCUGCAAGAUUGAGAGAUAAGCAACAAAUCCGAUCGAGGUUGGCUCUGCGACAGAAGUUGCAAUGUAAGAGUUUCGAGUGGUACUUGGAUAAUGUCUGGCCUGAUCACUUUUUCCCAAAGGAUGACCGGUUCUUCGGAAGGAUUGUCCACGUGUCCUCGAAAAAAUGCAUGAUGCGACUCAUGGCGAAGACCACUUUCUCUCAACCCUCUGGGUAUGCAAUUCUGGAACCGUGCAUCGAACCGCCAACCCUCAGUCAAAUGUUCGUAAUUAGGAAAGACGAUGUUGUAAUGACUGACGAAAGUGUGUGCCUUGAUGCAUCGGAACGUGAUACUCGUCAUAAGACCCCUAGAGUUAAGAUCAUGACAUGUAACGGUCACUCAAGACAGAAGUGGCGGUAUGAUCCAAAGACUAAAGCAUUCCGACAUACAUCAUCCGACAUGUGCCUUCAAGCAUCAUCGAACACAGAGGGACCAGUGAUAGCACCCUGCAAUGGGAACAUAGAACAACACUGGCUCUUGGAGGCGAUACUCUGGAAAUAGGCUGAUUCAUAAUCAUAAGAUCAUUAAUUCAUAAACAUCUUAUUCACUUACGAAAAUGUUAAUAUUGUAAUUUUUAUACUGUCGACAUUUAGGAUAUUAAAAGUCAACGUUAGGUCAAGACCAUCAGGGACCCGAUUCUCGAGUUCGUACGGAUUUGUUUCGCAUACGAAUAGACUUGCAUGAAUAAUUUUGCACUGUUGCGAAGUCGUGUCAUUGGUCAACAUUUGAAAAUUGUAGACAAAAUUGUUACUUUCGCAUACGAAUGUUGAUCGUGUAAACUCGAGAAUAGGGUCCCUGGAACGUGAACAAAUCACCACUAUUAUGUGAUUUUAAGAGCUAAUGAACUUUUGUAUACAUUAAAUAGAAACAUAAAUCAUAAAUUGAACGACUUUAAUGUCAUUUUUGAAAAACGUAAA